AUGCAACAUGAUAUCGCUCUACGGGCCAUCACUACUCGGUUGAGUAUAACACCAGUCGAAGACCUCCCUCGAAUUUCCGGCUUCCUCGCAACUUCGCUGGCUCAAUGUCCUGCCGAAUUGCUUUCCUCAGACGGCAAAGGCAAUAGUUCUUCGGUGGUCGCACACAAACUCAAGACUCGAAUUACCUCCUUGCUGCAAGACAAAUCUACUGGGAGCCGGCUUACCGCUGCCGUGCUCAUCAAGGCAAUUGUCGACAAUGGCGGCUACAAGGUUCUCCCUAACUGGGAAGUCUGGGCUAGAGGCUUGCUCAGCUGCUUGGGAAAACCUGACCCUUUUGAAGUCAAAAGAGUCUAUUUGGCUACUGUCUCUCGAAUUUUCAUCCUCUCCCAGGACCAUCCGGUAUUGUUGCGGGAGGUCACAACGCCGCUCCUCCCAGCCUUCAUAACAACAUGUCUUAGCCUUAUCAAGCCAGUUAAAGCCCAUGUUGACAGCAACCUCAACCCUAUCCUCCAAUCGGUCCUACAAUGCUGGAUCCAGCUGUUGCCACAACACGCAACCAUCUUUCGGCCCUUCCUGGCACGUAUCAAGCUGAUUUGUCGGAGCUUUCUCGAAGAUGCUCGGACUGCGACUUCAAUCAGAGAGCUCGCGAUUCAGCUUCUCUGCUCGUUAUUGUCAUGCGUACCGAAGAACGCAAUGGCUCAGGAGUGGUCCCAGGCAUUUUCCGACCUUAUCAACAGUGCUCAUCAGGCUGCCGACACAUUGUUCAGGGCCGUAGUCGAGGAAUACGAGUCCAACGACAAAACCCGUCCAAAUGCAGGUGGAAAGCAUGAUUUUUCCAAGGAGCCGCACAUUUCUAGCGCCGACGAGGUGGGAUUGGGCCAGUGGAUUGGUAUGCACGACGGUAGCACCAGGCUUGCAACCUUCCUCGAAUGGCUAGGAUGUUUACUCUCCACACCCACGUCGCAAGCCAUCACGGUCCCUCUGGGGUCUAUGCUGGACCUCAUAUCUCGUAUACUCCUUGUGACCGUACCUGGAAGCGGGGCAAGCACGGUGGAUACACUAAAGUAUAACAAGGAAGCAAGCCGAGAAGAGAGGGAAAGUCUUUGGAUGAACUUGCCUCGCCUUCACGUGGCAUGUCUUCGUAUGUUGCAGAAACUGUGCGAAACUUUUGGACAGUCCUUUCUCCCGGCAAUCGGAACCGUGGUCAACCACGUUAUGGGCUCAUUCAUCACCAUGUUAGGUGACGAGAUGGUACGGCAAGAGGUCUAUGCGACCUUCAGCUGUCUCUUGAGCAAUUUGAAUAUCAACGAUUGUGGGUUGCGCGAGACCACCUUCUCAACCUUACUUGAGCACUGUUGCAAUGACCUGCGAAGGGGCAUUCCGGGUUCCGAUAAUCAAAGCAACCUCAAUCCUUCGAAAGAUGGAAUUUUGAGCGCUCAAUCCACUUUGUCAAUUGCUGGAGGUUCUGGCUGCUCGGAAAGACAGCCCGAAGUAUUCCGAGCAGCUUGGAGAUUGCUGCCAGAAAUCUUUGUCCAUUGCCCGACGUCCAUGAUAUCUCGACAGGCAAGAACAGAAGCGGAUAGACUGUCUGUGUUGCACGAUCACCACGAUGCCAUGAUGGCAAGUGUCAUGCGUCCAAUGCUAGGUAAAGAUGGGAAGAUGAGGACUGCCAGUUUGCUUCCGUUUCUUGCUAGAUCUGCAGCAGAUCGUCUCGACACUGAGGCUCUCUUAAGGCCUCGGAUGCCUCUUGUCCAAGUUAGCGAGAUUUCUGCGCAAGCGUCUCUGGAUACUCAAGUCCAUCAUGAUGACCACCAGGUGACAGACAUGCUUGACGAGAACGGCGAAGCAGUGACUAACCCCGAGGACCCCGCUGAAGCCUUGGGGACCGACGCCGAACAACAGGUAACCAAUAGUUUCGAAAACCAAGAGGGAGACGAAGCAAUCCAGGCUUUGACGGCGAGGAAGCGAAAACUUGAGAGUGUUCAAGACGGUGAUUUCCAAGCACGUGCUCCAACAGCAUCCGAAGACGCCGAAAUGAUUGAUUCGAGACUGUCUAAGGUGCCACGGAUAGAAGAUGGCAGCAUUGAAGAGUCAGUAUCGGAGGUUGAUGUGAUCGAAACACCAAUGGCACAAUCUUUAGUUGCCACAACUUCUGGGAUAAAUGAGCGGUUCUCCAGCUCAGGAGCCCAGCCUGCAGGCACAGUGUCCAAUAUGGUUUCCUCUGAGACCAUUGGGAAUGACAACAGUGACAGCAGUGACUUUGAGAUUCCCACAAUUGACCCAGGAUUGGACACGGACGAGGAGGAUCUAUGA